AUGCCAGCAGUUAUGACAAUGUUAGCCGACCAUGCAGCUCGACAGCUGCUGGACUUCAACCAGAAACUGGAUAUUAACCUCCUGGACAAUGUUGUGAAUUGUCUGUAUCAUGGUGUAGGACCGCAGCAAAGAAUGGCGCAGGAAGUGUUGACCCAUUUGAAAGAGCAUCCAGAUGCAUGGACAAGAGUAGACACCAUAUUGGAGUUCUCUCAGAACAUGAACACCAAAUACUAUGCUCUUCAGAUUCUGGAAACAGUCAUAAAAACAAGAUGGAAGAUUCUGCCCAGAAACCAGUGUGAAGGGAUUAAAAAGUAUGUCGUUGGUCUUAUUAUCAAGACGUCGUCAGACGCCGCAAAUGUAGAGAAAGAGAAGGUGUAUAUUGGGAAGCUCAACAUGAUUCUUGUGCAGAUCCUGAAGCAGGAGUGGCCCAAACACUGGCCCACCUUCAUCAGUGACAUUGUCGGGGCAAGCCGCACGAGUGAGAGCCUUUGUCAGAACAACAUGAUCAUCCUCAAACUGCUGAGUGAGGAGGUGUUUGAUUUCUCCAGUGGUCAGAUGACUCAAGUCAAAGCCAAACAUCUCAAAGACAGUAUGUGCAACGAGUUCUCACAGAUAUUCCAGCUCUGCCAGUUUGUCAUGGAAAAUUCACAGAAUGCUCCACUGGUCCAUGCCACACUUGAGACUCUGUUACGUUUUCUGAAUUGGAUCCCACUUGGAUACAUUUUUGAGACUAAACUCAUCAGCACUCUUGUGUACAAGUUCCUGAACGUUCCCAUGUUCCGUAAUGUGACAUUGAAGUGCCUGACGGAGAUCGCUGGUGUGAGCGUCAGCCAGUACGAGGAGCAGUUUGUCACUCUGUUCACCCUCACUAUGAUGCAGCUCAAACAGAUGCUUCCUCUGAACACCAACAUUCGGUUGGCGUACGCCAAUGGCAAAGACGACGAACAGAACUUCAUCCAGAACUUGAGCCUGUUCCUCUGCACCUUCCUCAAGGAACAUGGCCAACUCAUCGAGAAGAGACUUAACCUUAGAGAGACACUCAUGGAGGCCCUGCAUUAUAUGCUCCUGGUAUCUGAGGUGGAGGAAACUGAGAUCUUUAAGAUCUGUCUGGAGUACUGGAACCACCUGGCCGCUGAACUAUACAGAGAGAGUCCCUUCUCUACAUCCACCUCUCCGCUCCUCUCUGGCAGCCAGCACUUCGAUGUGCCCCCCAGGAGACAGCUCUACCUGCCUGUGCUGUCUAAGGUGCGUCUGCUUAUGGUGAGCCGCAUGGCUAAGCCCGAGGAGGUGCUUGUGGUGGAGAAUGACCAGGGAGAAGUUGUUAGAGAGUUCAUGAAGGAUACAGACUCCAUCAACCUUUACAAGAACAUGAGAGAAACCCUUGUGUACCUGACACAUUUGGACUACGCAGAUACAGAGCGUAUAAUGACAGAGAAGCUCCAUAACCAGGUGAAUGGGACAGAGUGGUCUUGGAAAAACCUAAACACACUUUGCUGGGCCAUCGGCUCCAUUAGUGGGGCCAUGCAUGAGGAGGAUGAGAAGAGAUUCCUGGUCACAGUCAUUAAGGACCUGCUUGGGCUGUGUGAGCAGAAACGAGGGAAGGACAACAAGGCCAUCAUUGCCUCCAAUAUCAUGUACAUUGUAGGCCAAUACCCACGAUUCCUGCGUGCUCAUUGGAAGUUCCUCAAGACUGUGGUCAACAAACUCUUUGAGUUCAUGCAUGAGACGCAUGACGGAGUACAGGACAUGGCAUGCGACACCUUUAUUAAGAUUGCUCAGAAGUGCAGGAGGCAUUUUGUGCAGGUGCAGGUUGGAGAGGUGAUGCCCUUCAUUGAUGAAAUCCUCAACAACAUCAAUACCAUCAUAUGUGACCUUCAGCCCCAGCAGGUUCACACAUUUUACGAGGCUGUGGGCUAUAUGAUUGGAGCUCAGACAGACCAGGCAGUACAGGAGCACCUCAUAGAGAAAUACAUGCUACUCCCCAACCAGGUGUGGGACAGCAUCAUCCAACAGGCCACCAAGAAUGUUGAUAUCCUGAAGGAUCCAGAGACAGUGAAGCAGCUGGGCAGUAUUCUGAAGACCAAUGUUAGAGCGUGUAAAGCAGUGGGCCACCCUUUUGUCAUCCAGCUCGGCCGCAUCUACCUGGACAUGCUCAAUGUGUACAAGUGCCUGAGUGAGAACAUCUCUGCUGCCAUCCAGGCCAACGGAGAGAUGGUUACGAAACAGCCUUUGAUCAGGAGUAUGAGGACAGUGAAGAGAGAGACGCUCAAACUGAUCUCAGGCUGGGUCAGCCGCUCAAAUGACCCACAGAUGGUGGGGGAGAACUUUGUUCCUCCGCUACUGGAUGCUGUACUCAUCGAUUACCAGCGGAACGUCCCUGCAGCUAGAGAGCCAGAGGUCCUCAGCACCAUGGCAACUAUUGUCAACAAACUGGGUGGCCACAUCACAGCAGAGAUCCCUCAGAUAUUUGAUGCAGUAUUUGAAUGCACACUAAACAUGAUCAACAAAGACUUUGAGGAAUACCCUGAGCAUCGCACACAUUUCUUCUACCUUCUCCAAGCUGUCAAUUCUCACUGUUUCCCAGCAUUCCUGGCCAUUCCCCCAGCACAAUUUAAACUGGUGCUGGACUCCAUCAUCUGGGCAUUCAAGCACACCAUGAGGAAUGUGGCUGACACAGGUCUUCAGAUCCUCUACACUCUCCUGCAGAAUGUGGCUCAGGAGGAGGCAGCAGCCCAGAGUUUCUAUCAGACAUACUUCUGUGACAUCUUACAGCACAUCUUCUCUGUCGUCACUGACACCUCUCAUACCGCUGGUUUGACAAUGCACGCCUCCAUCUUGGCCUACAUGUUUAACCUGGUGGAAGAGGGCAAGAUCAGUACAGCACUAAACCCCUCCAAUCCAGUCAACAACCAGGUGUUUAUCCAGGAGUAUGUGGCCAACCUGCUCAAGACUGCCUUCCCACACUUACAAGAUGCCCAAGUAAAGGUGUUUGUUACUGGACUGUUCAGCUUAAAUCAAGAUAUUCCCGCCUUCAAGGAGCACUUAAGAGAUUUCCUCGUACAAAUCAAGGAGUUUGCAGGAGAGGACACGACAGAUCUGUUCCUGGAAGAGCGAGAGGCGUCACUGCGACAAGCGCAGGAGGAGAAGCAUAAACUGCAGAUGUCUGUGCCUGGUAUCCUCAACCCCCAUGAGAUGCCCGAGGAGAUGUGUGACUGAACAUACAUGCAUUUACACAAACACACACGUGCAUACACAUGCUAUACAGACAACAAAAUGUCAGAAAACAAUGACAAAAAAGGAUGGCUGUUGGCCCUUGACAGCUGAUCCGUAUGUGUUUGUUGUGUGCAUGCGUGUGUGUGUCUGUGUCUCUAAGUGUGUUGGUGAGAAGGCAAGAUCCGCACUUGAGGUGUUUGUCGACCAAAAUAAUGCCAAUAUGUAAAUGAAAAGUGUCACCCCCAGUGGCCCGUUUUACAUAGUAUGCGUUUUAUAUGGAGACUUUGUGUGUACUAUCUUUCCAUUGUUAAUCCCAGUUUAUGUUUGGUCAUCCUGAGGCUGCA